CCCCGUGGCAAAUGCCAUGUUAGGCAUUGCAUUACGGUAGUUCAGUCACAAACAUGGAGUCGCUGUAUCAUACGGCUCCGGCGGGGCGCCUUGCCGUGGGAUGGAGCCCUAGCGAGUCCCAUGUUCGGGCCAGGCGACCGGCGUCAACUCCCUUCCUAGCUACUACACCAAACUUUAGACACGUCGUCGCUACCAGCCCAGGUUCCCAUGCUUCUGCGCCCCGCCUGAACACCUCAGUGCACUCCAUCCCCAGCCAUUUCCAGUCUACAUCCUCUGCAGCACCGCUGCCGCAGCCAUCUGCAGGCAACCCCCGCGCCGGCACCUGCGUCCAGGUUCCUCCCCCCUCCUUCCUGGACGUGGGCCCCUCCUCCGCCGCCUUCUGGCGCCUGCUGACGGCCACGCUGGUGCCGCCCCCCCACCGGCCCCGCAUGGCCACACUGCUGGCGUGCCUGGAGAGCGUGUACAGG